AUGUACGCAUCAUCAAAACAAGAAUACAAAAUAGUAGUUUUCGGAGCAGGUGGUGUUGGUAAAUCUGCUCUAACUAUUCAGUUUGUCCAAGGUCAAUUUGUUAAAGACUACAACCCAACGAUUGAAGAUGCCUAUAAUAAACGUUUCAGCGUAGAUGGAAGAAUACUACAAUUGAAUGUUACAGAUACUGCUGGUCAAGAUGACUUUGCUGCUAUGAGAACUGCUUACAUGAGAACAGGAGAAGGCUUUAUAUUGGUUUAUUCUAUUAUUGACAGGUUUUCAUUUGAAGAUGUUGAGAAAUUUUACAAGGAACUUAUAAGAAGCAAAGGAACAGAAAAAUUUACUUGUGUUUUGUGCGGAAACAAAUCUGACUUAGAAGGAUCUAGAAAAGUUUCAAAAGCUGAAGGCCAAGAGCUUGCCAACAAACUCAACUGUCAAUUUUUCGAAACAUCAGCAAAAAACAAUCACAAUAUUGUUGAAACAUUUGAAUAUUUAUCCAGGGAAUACUUUAAGAUUCAUGACAUCUCCUCAGGUAAAUCAGGUAAAAAAGAACCCUCUUGUGAAUGUCUACUUUUGUGA